GAGAGAGAGUUUAUGUGCCUACCUAAGUGUGUGUGCGUAUGUGUGUGUGACAGAGUGAGAGUGUAAGUGUGUGUGGACUGUGGAGAUACAGUAGUAACCCGGAGUGAGGUGGCAGUCUUAUUCCACAUCGACACCGACUUGCCCUGCAUUCAUCCCAUCUCCCUCUUCGCAGCGCAAUUGAGGAGUGAAAGAGAGAGAGAAAGAAAGAAAAAAGGAGUCGAGAUGGCAUCUGGAAAUGUCUCUGGACAAUCUGGGAUCUAGCUUUUGUUUUCUUGACAAUACGGAGUACGAGUGACUGGCCGUGCGAGGCGUGAAUCGGUAAGUUGCUGCUGGCCCCGCUGGGACUCCGCUGGUGUGGAACAGCAACAAAGGACGGGAGCGCGCAUUCAUGGGACGCGACUUUGACAGCUCUCCAUUUCUUGUCUUAUAACUUUGUUACCUGACAUCUGGGGCGAGAUCGCAACAGGAGCCGGAGAUCAUGGCAGAGGCUCCGCUCCCCGACCCACUCCCGGACCUGGACGUGGCCAUCGACCCGGACUUUGAGCCCCAGAAGCGGCCCAGGUCGUGCACCUGGCCGCUGCCGCGACCCGACUCCGGCGCGGUGAAACCGGAGAGCAAUGACACAGAUAUCAUACCCGAGGAAGAGGAUGAUGAAGAGGACAAUGCCACCCCGACGCCCAUCGGUGUCAGUGGCUCCGGCGUGGCCACAGAGGACCAGAGCAGCAACAGCCCCGUGGCCGACGGAGCGCUCUCCUCCCCGGGCCAGGACAGCGGAGGCUCCCCGCUCCCCACGCACUCCCCCUCGGCCACAUCUGGCGCGCUGACCCCCAGCAGCCUAGCGGCCCAGCAGACCCCGAGGAAAUCCUCAUCUCGCCGCAACGCCUGGGGGAAUCUAUCCUACGCCGACCUGAUCACCAAAGCCAUCGAGAGCGCGCCGGACAAGAGACUGACCCUGUCCCAGAUCUACGACUGGAUGGUCAGAUCCAUCCCGUACUUCAAAGACAAAGGCGACAGCAACAGCUCCGCGGGAUGGAAGAACUCUAUCCGGCACAACCUCUCCCUCCACAGCCGAUUCAUCCGUGUCCAGAACGAGGGGACGGGAAAGAGUUCUUGGUGGAUGAUCAAUCCAGACGGCGGGAAGGGCGGCAAGGCUCCGCGACGCAGGGCGGUCUCCAUGGACAACAGCAACAAGUACACCAAGUCCGCCCGAGGCCGCGCUGCCAAGAAGAAGGCGGCCCUGCAGGCCGCGGCCGCGGCGGGUGAGGGCGGCGGAGACAGCCCCUCAGGUCUCUCCAAGUGGCCCGGAAGCCCGACGUCACGCAGCAGCGAGGAGCUGGACGCCUGGACAGACUUCCGCUCGCGCACUAACUCCAACGCCAGCACACUGAGCGGACGCCUCUCUCCCAUUCUGGCCAACCCCGAGCUGGACGAGGUGCCCGAUGACGAGGCCCCCCUCUCGCCCAUGCUCUACUCCAGCCCCGGCAGAGCACUGUCGCCCGGCAACGCCACAACCAAUGGGAAGACGGCGCCGACCGAGCUGCCUCGCCUGGCAGAUCUCGCAGGUACCAUGAACCUGAACGAUGGAAUUACGGACGACCUGAUGGAUGUGCUGGACAACAUCAACCUGGUGCCAACCACUUCCAGCCAGACUGCCUCAGAUGGCUCCUCAGGGUUCACCUUUGUGUCCAAGCCCAAUGGCAUCGUCUCACCUUCCUCCAACUCUUCGCCAUCCUCCAACUCCUCUUCCAACAGUGGGAAUAACGGCUACAGUAACUCCAUCUUCGGUCCUCACCCGGCAGGCUCGUCUUUGCGUCCAUCCCCCAUGCAGACCAUCCAGGAGAACAAGCAGACGUUCUUCUCCAGCAUCAGCAUGUCACGUUUCGGCAGCCAGACUCUACAAGACCUGCUCAACUCCGACAGCCACAACCACAGCGACGUCAUGAUGACCCAGUCCGAUCCGCUCAUGUCACAAGCCAGCGCGGCUGCCGUGAUUUCCCAGAACUCCCGCCGCGGAAUCAUGCUCCGUAACGACCCCGUUAUGACCUUUGGGAGCACUGGAGGCCUUCAAGGCAACCAGCGAGAGAUGCAGCAAAGCAACAACCACAACCAGAGCUCCCUCAGGUCGUUAAACGGAGGCCUGAACCUCGCCAACGAGGCUAACACCCUGGCUAAUGCCAAGCAACAGCUCCUGCUCUCGCCCCUGGGAGGAAACGGAUCUUCCUCCAUGCAGAUCGACACCUCGAUCUUCCUCAACGGAACAGUUAGCAGCAGCAACGGGGGCUGUCAGGACCGCUUCCCCACAGACUUGGACCUGGACAUGUUCAACGGCAGCCUGGAGUGUGACAUGGACUCCAUCAUCAGGAACGAGCUGAUGGACGCAGACGGCCUGGACUUUAACUUUGACUCGCUGGCCAACCUGAACGGAGUCAGCAACUUCACGAACACCAAGCAGACCUCUCAGAGCUGGGUACCCGGCUGAGGGGGACGGAGCAGAGCAGGUCUGAACUGUGCGGCGCAAGAGAAGAUCAGACACACAACAUCCUUUUUUUGCCAAACCUGCCAUCAGCACAAUGUAAAAUAAAACCCUGUGUUUACAGAAGACUUCCUCUCGAGCUUUACCUUCGCUCCCACACUGGUGAACCAUGAACACUCUGACAGACUCCAGAGAUGCUGCACAUCAGCCCUCAAAGCCUCCCGUGAAACAACAGCAGCAACGCAAGGAAAGCUACGUCAAACAAUCACAACAAAGUCACAAAUCUUAGAAUUAUGCAAUUUCUUCCUUCUGACAUGCAGUCUGCUGAUCUCAAAGGCCCUCCGCUCAUCACAGGGGGUUUCAGGUGGAACACAAGGACUGAAUAUCAACAGAGAUGGAAGCAGUGCACGGUGCAGUUGUUCCCGCUGAAAGGCUUAAAGGAAAGAGACAAACGUGUAAAAUGAGAGAGUAAAAAAAAAAAAAAAAAUCAAGAAGUGAUGUGGUGUAAAUCUAAUCUCCAGUGGUUUCCUUGGAUGUGUUCUGUUAGUCCCUCUGUUCGUGGUGAUUUUAAAUGUUUGGUUUUAUGGACUUUCUGUUUUGUCAUCAUAGUUUCUGGAUUCAUUCAUGUGUUGUGCAUUACAAAUCAGUGUAUUAGUGAAAUGAAGUGACGGAGAACAGAGUGGCCACACACACACACACACACACACACACACACACAUACACACACACACACACACACACACACACACACACACACACACACACACACACACACACACACACACACACACACACACGCGGAGAUGAACUGACACUUUCUCACAGGUUACAAAAAGUUCAGAAAUUCCUCAGUUUAUUGUCAUGCACUUGUUGUUUUGUUCAUGUAAAAUGCUUGAAUUGGAAAGAACCUGCAGCGUAACGGGGGUUUUACUACAGUCAGCUGAUAACGUGUGUAUUAUUCCUGUGUAUAUCAAACUGUCAAUAAAGAAAAUCUCAACAUGGACUUUGUACAGUGCGGGCAGUGAAAGGUCAGAGGAGGGGAGAAGAUUUCGUUUUCUUAGAGGUUGUUUAUCACAGCAUACGAUGUAGCCAAAAUACCUGUGUCCUAGGGUUGUGAACAUUUCCACACCGUAGCAGGUGCUUUAUAACAGUGUUGAAUCCUGUCCUCAGAGCAAGCCGUGCGUUUUGUGUGUCGUUUUUAAUUCCGUUGUUUUAUUUUUGAACCCGCGACCUGCAGAAGCCCAGAGCUGCAGCCACUUUUAGCACGGUGGGGUUGAAGGUGGGUUUCAAGGCUCAUUCCUCGAGAAGCCGUUCGCUUCUGGAGCUAGAAAAAGAAAAAGAAAAGAAAAAAAAAAACAACAAAAAACAAUAAGCUAUCUCUGUACUUUGCCAAAUUACUUGAAACAGUAGGAUAUGCUGGCAGCCAAAUCACAGCACACACACACACACACACACACAUAUAUAUUACACAAACAAAUAGAAAAAAAUAAACAAAAGCAGGGAUUUUUGUUAUGCUCUGCUGCUUUCUCGUCAUGAGCUUGUGGGGCUUGUUAUGCAUAUACAGAAUCACUCAGGGGAGGAGAUAGAGAGAGGAUUCCCGUUUAGGAAACAUCGAGUCACAUUCGAAAUGGUAUUUUAACAUUUGUUCAUUUGUUUUUUUUAAAUGAAAGGAAAAAAAAAGACAACGUAAUAAUGCUUCGUGUUUGUGAACUUGUAACCUGUGAAACUUCGGCUGUGGAGAUAAAGAGGCGAAUGGAGGGCGGACGUCAGGAUUAUUACUUCACACAGUUUUUGUUUUGCUGUCAAAGCUUUUUUUUUUUUCCUCUUCUUGUUGGACUUGUGACUCACUAACACACACAGACACACAAACUUCCCCCCAUUGGACGUGCCUGGCGCUCCUGUGGGUGAUUUCCUGUAUCGACCGAGUACAUGUCAACGUGUACCUGAGUGUUUAUCUCCGGAGUUCAUUUCUGUUGAAUUAAUGUCACGACGACGCGUAAUCCCUCACGCUGCAUACGGCUCAGCUGACUGUAUGCAUGUCUGUAUUUAUGCAUUAUGAACUGCGUGAAAUGCAUAUGUACUCGCUGUAUGUCCUUAUAUACUCAUGUAGUACUUGACCCUUUGGAUUUAUAUGAUACCUCUGAAGUUGAAGAAACAUUGAACAACGUGUGGUAGGAGAGGGAACACUGUUACCAGCUGAUUUUGAUCGUCAAACCAGAUUUUCUUCUUCUUUUUUCUUUUUUUAAGAAAAAAAAAUGUUGGCAAAGCACUAUUGUUGUAGCAUCUAGAGACCUUGAUACCCCUUCUCUGUUUCAGGGGUUUUUUGACAUGAAGUGUAUUCCUGGCUGUGUAUCAUAGUGUACAGAUUUUGUGUAAAUCACUUCCAGGCCGAGGCAGAGCAGUGGGUGUGCAUGGUUGACUGUGCUGUCAGAGGUUUAGUGCAUGAGCUAGCUGAACCCCCCCCCCCCCGUGAAACCUUUUCCAGUGGUGCCGUCCCUCCACAGAAAUUGUGAUACAGAGAGGAUACCUGUUUUUUUCUUCUUCUUGCACUCACAGUUUGUUUGUUUUUUUUUACAAUCACACAGAGGACUUCCCUCUUGUUUUAAGGGGUUUAUUAAUCCAAGUGUGUGUGCAGCAGUGCAGACUCUUCACAUCUCUCUCGGUGCUCUCGGUGAGGUGCUGGUUGUAAAUUUGUGUCGCCCGACAGUGAGCUGGACUUUCCUUGUUACAUCUAAGACUUCAAGAGCACUGUCGUGGUGUUUUUAACGGAGGUGGGGGGGGGGAAUCCUGAGCCAUCGCCUGAACUGUCGAGCAUGUCUUUUAUUCUACACUGACCGUACUAAAUAUUGUUCAUCCUGUGAAAAAAGACUGACAAGGUGAAUCCAGGGACCCUGUGAUCCUUCCUGUUUAAAGAGGAGUUAUUGAUCCCUGAAUAACUGCAAAAGCUCAAUUGCAGAGAGACAUUUUUCUUUCUUUUUUAUAUAUAUAUACAUUUUGUACUUUCAGUGUAAAAUGUGCUUGGCUCUUUCCACACAACCACUCAGUGCUUCGUCCCAGCACGGAGGGUCUCCUCUCAUGUCCAACACAAACACACCUGCAGCACAAACAUGUGCUUGGCUUUAAAAAAAAAAGAAAAAAAAAUAGAGAUAC